CAGCAGCAGCAGCCGGCGCAGCAACAGGAGCAGCAGCAGCAAAGCCAUCAGCAGCAGCAAGGGCGACAUCAGCAGCAGCAUCAGGGGCGGCAGCAGCAGCAGCACCAAGACCAUCACCUUCAGCAGCAAGACCACCAUCACCAUCAGCAGCAAGACCAUCACCAGCAGCAGCAGCAGCAGCAGCAGCAGCAGCAGCAGCGCACGUGGCUCCUGUCAGUCCUGUCGUAG